CGCCCGCUCGUCAUACACCGAUAAUUCCGGAAAUGGUCUGAGAAGCACAGAAAGGGUCCACCAUAAACAAACCGCCUUACCGAGGAUGGCCGAGUUACAGGCAUAGCCGCCGCCGCCGCAGCCGCACUUCCGGGAUGAUCUUUGAUAGCCAACUAGGGGUUGAUCAUGAAUGGGACGCUUCUUCCCAACACACCCAUCGCUGUGGAUUUUUGGCAGAUCCGAAAAUGCAGUCACGUCCGGCUCUUUUUUCUAUCCCACAUGCAUAGUGACCAUACAAUUGGUUUGUCUUCCACAUGGAAAAAUCCCCUCUACUGUUCACCCAUCACAGCCAAGAUCCUUAGAUAUAAGUUGCAGGUAAAGAGCAAAUGGAUCAAUCCGUUGGAAGUUGGAGUAUGUCACAUGCUGCCCUUGGAUGACUGCAGAAUUGAGACAGUAUCUGUGACUCUAAUAGAUGCCAACCAUUGCCCUGGUUCUGUUAUGUUCCUGUUUCAGGGAUACUUUGGUACUAUCUUGUAUACAGGUGAUUUUCGAUAUGACCCCUUUAUGCUUGCAGGUCCUCCACUGAGAAACCUAAAGAUUGAUGUUCUAUAUUUGGACAACACAAAUUGUGACCCUGAACAAUGGCUACCCUCUCGCCAGGAGGCAACUGAACAAAUAAAGGAAUUAAUUGAAAAGCACCCAUUUCAUGACAUAGUGAUUGGCCUGUAUAGUAUUGGAAAAGAAUCUCUUUUAGUGGACUUGGCUAAAACCUUUCAGUCUUGGGUUGUUGUAAGUCCCCAGAGAUUGGAAUUGCUCACUCUUUUAGAAAUUGAACAUGUUUUUUCAGCAUCAGACGGAGAUGGUAGGAUACGAGCUGUAGAGCAGUCUGAAGUGAAUUACUCGAACAUGAUGCACUGGAAUUCUAUCCAUCCAACCAUAGCCAUUCUUCCAACCAGUCGGAAAGUAAAGGUCUGGCACAAAGAUAUCUAUGUAGUUCCAUAUUCUGACCACUCCUCCUAUGAUGAGCUUAUAGAGUUUGUUUCUGCAAUAAAGCCCUCUACUAUCAUUCCUGUGGUUAGAACAAAACAAUGUAUAUCUCAUUUCACCCGAUACUUGAGUUCUGAGAAAGCAACUUAUUCCAUAAAAAUACCAGACUCUGUAAAAUCAUUUAUGAAAAGUCAGGAUAAAUCAAGCAAAGAGGACAUUCUCAGGCUCAAGGUUUCUUGUAGGCAGAUUCCUCGAGGGGUUGAAUUUGAGUCCAAUGAAAAUAAUUUACAAUGCAGUGCGGAUCUCAAUAGGACUAGGGAAAGCUUGGAAGGAACACUUAAGUCAGUAAAGAAGAUUAUCCCCAUGAAGGAGGAGGAGUGCAACACUGACCAUUGUAACUGGAGUCUGGAAUGUGGAAGAGCACCAGUACCAUUGACUGAGUCAACUGUUCUUGUGUCUGAUACCAAUGACAACCCAUUUACAUCUCCAGCUUCUGACAUCUGUGAAAUCUACAAGAAUGAGUAUGAGAUGCCUUCAGCAAGCUCCUCCCCCAAAGACAUGAAUGUGACUGUUAUCUCCGACUCCUCAAUGUUAUGUAAAGAAACAAGUCAAGUAAUGAAUGACAGUAUUUCAAUUUUGCCCUGCAAGAGGCGCAAAAAACUUGAUUCAAGAACUUUUUAUCACCAAGUAGAAAGAUAUUUUAAAAGAUAUUAUAUUUAAAAGGUGCCAUGUAUUAAAGGGGCUGCCCCGAGACAUCUUAUCCCCUAUCCAAAGGCCGCUGUGGACCCUUGCGAUCUCGGCUGCGGCACCCCAGACAUCCGGUACACCGAGCGAACUUCGCUUUGUGCUGGAUGAUUGGCGAUGUGGGGCCGGAGACUCGUGACAUCAGUCAUUCAUCUCAAGACGUCACAGCCACACACCCUUAAUGCAAGUCUAUGGGAGGGGGCAUGAUGGCUGGCACGCCCCCUCCCAUAGACUUUAAUUGAGGGGGCAUGGCCGUGACAUCACGAGCAGGGCGUGACUGUGACGUCACAAGCCUACGAUGCUGCACCCAACACUCUAAACGAAUGUCGGGCCCAGCGGCGGGACCCCCACGAUCAGACAUCUUAUCCACUAUCCUUUGGAUAGGGGAUAAGAUGUCUAGGGGCAGAGUACCCCUUUAAAGGGGUAUUCCGGCUUUAUACAUCUUAUCCCCUAUCCGAUAGAAUGCCAGGGGGCUGUACCGAGAUCACAGAGGUCCCCAGUGGCGGGACCCCUGCGAUCAUACAUCUUAUUCCCUAUCCUUUUGGAUAUGGGAUAAGAUGUAUAAAGCUGGAAUACCCCUUUUAAUUACAUUGUACUCCACAGCUUAAGUUCUAUACCUAAUUAGAGUUGUUGUGUGUGUUGUGUUUUUUUAUUUUUUAUCUUUUUUUCCACACUCUCCUAGUUAAAAGAUGCAGUAGCCGCAUUCUUUUGUAAAAAUAGAAUGGACUCCUGUCACUACUCAGCAACUCCAUUCUCUCCCUGCAUUGAUUGUCUCCUCUGGAGCAGGAGAGUAAAUAUUGUCAUACGUGCAAGGGUUUUGACAUUUGUUACUACUAGAGGAGGUAGUAAAUGUAUGAUCAGUCUAACCCCCAAGACCACUAGAAUGGGAAUCCUAGCCCUCCAAUUCCUUCUUACUGCACAGUCACAAAAAGAAGUUAAAAGGAAGCAGCAGAUAUAGGGUUGGUUGAAAUGGUUAAAGGGGCACUCCCCUGGAAACCAUUUUAUUAUUUAUUUAUUUUAAUCAACUGGU